CUUGGAGCGACGGGCUCUUUUCCAUUCCUCUCCUUCUGUGAGGAACAAGAGAAAGCCUGGAGGUCUUUUGCCUUGGAAGCCAACCUAAAAAAGAGGCCGCCUGCUCGGGCUCUCGUGCGCCAUGAAGGACGCGCCUCGGGUUUCCGCUCUCCUGGGCGCAGGGGUCGUCCUUGGGCCGAGGCGUGUGCGAGGGGCGGUGUUUUUGAAUCUAUGCUAAUUCCGCUCUCCUGGCAGGAGGAAGCGCUCCGUCUCUCGCCUGCCCAGCGAUCGGCAGGGAGAGGGCGAGGGGAGCCGGAGGCGCUUGGCCAUGCCUUGGCUUUUGUGACAGCCAGGCGCCUCGGAGCCCUUCCUGCGAGGGAGGAGAUGCGCCUGGCGUAAUGGAGAGCAAUGACUCGGGCAGCGUGGUGCUGACAGCCUACCAUUCUUACACGCCGUCCCGAGUGGAGCCGACUUUCUCGCCAGAGGUCCCCCCCAGCCGGUCACCUCUCAGAAAAUCCCUUCCACGACGCCAAAGAAUUAACAGGAUGCUCUCCAGUGAAUCUUUACAUCCUCCGGUGUACAGCCGUUCUAACUCCCAAGCCUCUGUGGAUAGCACUUCCAUGGAAGAUUUCUGGUGUGAGGUGGAAAAUAUCAAAGAAAGCACUGAGGACAGACAAGAUGACCAAACUCUGCUAGAAGUCAAGCCUCCUGAUGAAGGGGAACUUGAAGCUGAAUGGCUGCAUGAUGUAGGUUUGUCUACAUUAAUAUCAGGGUCUGAAGAGGAAGAUGGAGAAGCAUUGCUGUCUACUCUGACCCGAACACAAGCGGCUGCAGUACAAAAAAGAUACAACACCUACACUCAAACAAUGAGAAAGAAGAAUAAACACACAGUUAGAGAUGUGCGAGACAUUUUUGGAGUCAGUGACAAUUCUCCCACUUUUGAAGCCAUCCCUGUGUCGCCAAUGACAGCUAAUGGUAUCCAGCUUGCUGUGCACAAACCAGCCAAUAGCUAUCUAGAGUGCGAAUUUGAGAAGGACAACCAAUCAGUGACAGAAGAACUGUCCUUUGAGGUCUCUUUCUCAGAAUCCAUCACAGUGAUUCCAAAGCACAGAGAAUGGCACAGUAAUCAGAGAUUUAAAAAGGAGGAAUCUGCUUUGCCGAACUUCAUGAUUAGGAAAAGCCGAUUUGGACUGACAGAAGUUGGAGAUUUGUCUCUUGAUGACUUGAAGAAAAUUCGCUAUUUGUCUCUGAUUGAGUUAACAGCCUUCUACGAUGCUCUAGGAAUUGAGUUGAAAAGGAAUAGAACAGAAAGAGUCAAAGGACGAGAAAAUGGCCUUUUUGGAGUUCCACUAACAGUACUGCUGGAAAGCGAUCAGAAAAAGAUUCCUGGAAUAAAAGUUCCUCUCAUCUUUCAGAAACUGCUAUUCAAGCUUGAGGAAACUGGUUUGGAAACAGAAGGAAUUCUUCGAGUGCCUGGGUCUGCAUCAAGAGUUAAGAUUCUUCGCCAAGAAAUUGAAGCAAAAUUUGAAGACAAUACCUUUGACUGGGAUCAGGUACGCAACAAUGAUGCAGCAGGACUCCUUAAGAUGUUUAUACGGGAACUUCCAAGCCCCCUGUUCACUGUGGAAUACCUUCCUGCCUUCAUCACAUUAGUUGAAAAAAUCCCCAACAUCAAGUUACAGCUGCAAGCUCUGCAUUUACUAAUCAUGUUGCUGCCUGAUGCCAGCAGGGAUGCAGCCAAGGUUCUUUUACAGUUCUUGAAGAAGGUGGUUAGUAAUGAAAGGAAAAACAAAAUGACUCUGUGGAAUGUUUCCAUGAUCGUUGCCCCAAACCUCUUUGUCUACAAAGGCAAACGUGCAAACCAAGAAGAGAUGCUAGCAGCAGCCACUGCAGCACGUAUUGUGAGGCUUUUAAUUAAAUACCAGGAUAUCCUGUGGACGGUCCCAAAUUUUAUGAUUUCUCAGGUGAGAAAAAUGAAUGAGGCUGCAAUGAACAAUACUAGGAGGCAGCUAAUGUUUGACAAGGGUGUACGAAGGCUGUUGAGAAGAAAAACUAUGGAAAGGGAACGGCCAGAAAAAACAGAGUCCGACAUACCUGAAGGGGUCAUAAGAGUUCAUGCUCCACUACAUUCAAAGGUUUCUAUGGCAAUACAGUUGAACAAUCAAACAAAAGUCAAAGAUAUUGUGGCACGAUUUUAUUGUGAAAACAGCCAAGAACCAUCAGAGAACAUGAAGAUACAGAUCCAAAGUUUACAUGAGAUUGGAGGAAAUAUAGGACAGCACUGUUUGGACCCAGAUGCUUACAUGCUAGAUGUUUACCAUGCAAAUUCUCAAGCAGAGUGGGUAAUUAAACCAAAAAUAAGUUGAAUCUUUCAAAGACAACUUGGCAAAGCACUUUGAAAAAUGCCAAAAGGUUGGAAGAAAAACCACCCUUAUUGAGAACCACAUUGCCAAGGAUAAAACCAAAGUAUUUGUGUAUGGAUCUAAACAACAUGAUCUAAAGUUUCUGCCUUCCAAACACAUGACUUGAGAGCUGUUACUUCAGUUGUUCGUUGUAAUUUAUUUUGCUAUGAGAAUACUUUAACACUAGUUUUACUUGUGCCAGUUUUCAACCAAUGUGAAGGGACACUAAAGGUUUUUUUUUCUUCUGUUGUGACACUUAAAAACCCAAUGAACUCCAGUGUCAUUCUGGAUGACUAAGGACAUAGCCAUAAGUAGCAAGAUACUGCAAAGGAAUCACUAGAUGUGGGAAGGGGGAAUGUUCAUCACUAUGAACAAUGGAGAGUGCCAAAACUCUAUGACUACUCAUUCCUGUUCAAAGGAAAUCUUUUUAUUGUCAAAUGUUAAUAUUCAAUACUUGUGUUUAAUUGUAUAUUACUUGCUGCCAAUGAGAUGGAAAAACUACUGUAAAAGGUAUUUUUACUGUUAAUGUAUUGUGCAUGUAUAUAUACACAACUGCAUAUGAGCAGUUUAGUGAUAUUUCUUUGAUGAUGUUACAUUGCAACAAUUAACACAAGUUAAUUUGUAACUCAUUCAUUUCAAACUGUGUACCACUACAAGUUAAUUGUUCUACAUGCACCAUUUUGAGAAGACUCAAAGACAGAUGUUAGGAUUUAACAGAUGAAUGCCUAAAUUUGUCAUUUAACUGGCAAUUUUGUUAACUUAAUAGCCAUAUAUUAAAUCGCUUGCUGUUUGUAAAAUAUGACUGUUUUUAGAGAUGAGAACCAUCCAUUUCAUUCAAAGCAUUAUUUUCCUUAUUAUUUCUUUUAAUUUUGAUCUAACAGUAUUGAAAAUCGCCUCAUCUGGAAGGUUAUGUGAAAAUGGGGAAAAUAUUGAAUGUUUGUCUUCAUUAUAGAUGUAAAAGACAGCAUGCUCUGGAUGGAACAUUAUCGAUUGUGGACACAUUUUUAAUCAUGUUCAUUAAAAUGAUGACUUUAAGCAUGUACUUAAAUAUCUCUAGUCAAAAUCAGUGGGGCUUAAAAAUGAUUAAUAUUGGCUGGCUCAUAGUCUGUGUUGUACAGUCAUACCUUGGUUUUCGUUGGUUUCGGUUUUCACCGAUGGGAUCCAGCCGUUUGUUCCCUUCGGUUUUCGUCGGUUGCCUCAGAUUUGUUGGCAUGCCAAUGAAAUCCGAGAUGACUGUUGCGUAAGUAGCUACGCCACUUGCAUUGCACCUGCGCAAACAGUAUAGCCUCGGUUUUCGUCAGUUUCGUUUUUCACCGAAGUAAUCCUAAUGGAUUACCGACAAAAACUGAGGUAUGACUGUAUGUAUAAAAUGCUGUCAAGACACAGCUGACUUUUGGCAGCCCAGUGGGUUUUUCAAGGGAAGAGACUAACAGAGAUGGUUUUCUAUUGCCUUCCUCUGAAUACUGACUCUGGUGUUCCUUGGUGAUCUUCCAUCCAAGUACUAGCCAGGGUUUACCCUGCUUAGUUUUUGAGAUCUGAUGAGAUCUGAUGAUGGGGCCAUCUAGGUCCGGGCCAAGGCCAGUAUUACAGUAAACUAAAUGCUUUAGGGAAAUUAAAACUGAAGGAGGUAUGCAUGGUGAAUACUGGGAAACAUUACCUGAAUGUUGCAGUAGGUGGAAACUAGUUUUACUGCAUGAACCUAUAUUUUCAUAUUUUAAAAUUCUCAUCUCUACAGACACUGUAAUUUUUAGAAAUCCUUAUAAACGCAAGGCAUAUUUAGAGAUAUUGGAAACAUUUAGUACACAAUUGAUGUGUUGUGGCUUGUUUUAUCAGUCAUUCCAUGAAGCUAUAAAAAGAAGGGAGGAACAAUCUUUGGGGUGUAUUUGGUCAAAUAUGUGACUAACAGUUAUCACAGAUGCUCCAACUUUGUAUGGAUUUUACAUAUCGCAGGGAGGGAAUCCUGUGUUUUGGCUGAAUUCAAUAUUAUGUACCACUGUAAUAUAUUUAGACUGUCAGUGAAAUGUUUAACUUGUUCAGAGGUCCAUAAUGCAGAAAUGGGACACAUUUUACACUCCAAAAGAGAUGAAUUGUCUUAAUAUAGAUUUGUGUUUCAGAACAUACCAUCAAAUACGAAGAAAAGUACUGGAACAUUCUUUUUAUAUUUUUAAUGUCUUAAUACUGAAAACUACCUCACUGUGGUUCGUUUAAAAAAUGUUCCAAGCCUUUGGCACUGAUUCAGAGAAUUGCAUUUGGCUGUUCACUGGUCAGGUAAUCAGCUCAGUCAGCAGAUUUUUGUUGCAAAAAUGUCUUCAGUCUCCAGCCCUAGUGCUGAUGAUGGAUGCUUUUUAGUUGGCUGCUGCAGGUGCCAGUUCCAGUCCAUCUCUGAAAGUACACACACACAAUACUGGAUUUGGGAUACAGUCCUGGGAAUCUCACACUUGGCAGAAGUCUUGCUAAGUUUUUGAGGUAAUAGGAAACCAUCUCAAAGUUUUGACUUCACUUCCUGGAUCAAAACAUAUUUUCAUUACAGAUCUAUCUAAUUAUUGUUGUAUUUUACAUUUUUAUUGGGACUAGCGACAAAAUGUCACAAAUGGAGAAGGGCAAAGCAUAAAUAAAGUAAAUCUUUUUCCUCCACUCAUGCAA